CUUUCAAUGAGUGUGAGAAGGAGGCGGAGGAGGAAGAGGAGGAGGAGAAGGAGGAGGCGGGGGGAGCCCGUUCUCCCGUCCGGCCCGCGGCAGGAAACAAAGAGCCAGGCAGAGGCAGCGCAGAGACGGGGAUGCUGCAGCUACAGCUCUCCUAGUGGUCAGCCAUAUGUGGCUUCCAAUGUGGAUUUGACUGGGAGUACUGCAAAUCUGAUGGCAGGGAGUACAAAAUCCAGAGCAGCGUGAAAUUUCCUUAUUUUCCUGCCACAUUCAUACCGGAAUGCCCAAAGAGAAGUACGAGCCACCUGACCCACGGAGGAUGUACACAAUUAUGUCCUCAGAGGAAGCAGCCAAUGGAAAAAAGUCACACUGGGCGGAGUUGGAAAUAAGUGGAAAAGUAAGAAGCCUAAGUUCAUCCUUGUGGUCACUGACCCACUUAACAGCUUUGCAUCUCAGUGACAACUCCUUAUCCCGUAUUCCUUCAGACAUUGCCAAGCUUCACAAUCUGGUAUAUUUGGACCUGUCAUCUAAUAAAAUCCGCAGUUUACCAGCAGAGCUCGGAAACAUGGUGUCACUCAGGGAACUCCAUUUAAAUAACAACCUGUUACGAGUCCUACCAUUUGAGCUGGGAAAACUCUUUCAGUUACAGACAUUGGGUUUGAAAGGAAACCCACUUACACAGGAUAUACUGAAUCUCUAUCAAGAACCAGAUGGAACAAGAAGGCUACUGAAUUAUUUGCUUGAUAACCUGGCAGGUACUGCAAAAAGAAUUUCAACAGAACAGCCACCUCCCAGAUCUUGGAUUAUGUUGCAAGAACCAGAUCGAACAAGACCAACAGCCCUGUUUUCUGUCAUGUGUUACAAUGUCCUCUGUGAUAAAUAUGCUACUCGGCAGCUAUAUGGCUACUGCCCAUCAUGGGCAUUGAACUGGGAAUACAGAAAAAAGGCUAUUAUGCAGGAAAUCUUAAGCUGUAAUGCAGACAUCAUUAGUCUUCAGGAGGUUGAAACUGAGCAGUACUACAGUUUUUUCCUAGCAGAAUUGAAAGAGCGUGGAUACAACGGAUUCUUCAGUCCGAAAUCCAGAGCUAGGACAAUGUCAGAACACGAGAGGAAACAUGUUGAUGGUUGUGCAAUAUUUUUCAAGACAGAAAAGUUCACCUUGGUUCAGAAGCAUACUGUUGAAUUUAAUCAGCUGGCUAUGGCAAACUCAGAAGGAUCAGAAGCAAUGCUGAACAGAGUAAUGACAAAAGACAACAUUGGAGUUGCUGUGUUGCUAGAGCUACGAAAGGAGUUAAUAGAAAUGUCAUCAGGCAAGCCACACCCAGGAAUGGAUAAACAGCUGGUCCUUGUAGCAAAUGCACACAUGCACUGGGACCCAGAGUAUUCUGAUGUAAAGCUGGUUCAGACCAUGAUGUUCCUUUCUGAGGUAAAGAACAUAAUUGACAAAGCCUCUCGGAGUCUCAAGCCUGGUAUUUCGGGGGAACACGCAACAAUUCCACUUGUAUUGUGUGCAGAUCUGAAUUCUCUGCCAGAUUCAGGUGUGGUUGAAUAUUUGAGUACCGGUGGAGUGGAAACAAACCAUAAAGAUUUUAAGGAACUGAGAUACAAUGAAAGUCUCACUAACUUCAAUUGUAAUGGGAAAAAUGGAACCACCAAUGGAAGGAUUACUCAUGGUUUCAAGUUGAAGAGUGCCUAUGAGAAUGGACUAAUGCCUUAUACGAAUUACACAUUUGAUUUCAAGGGUAUUAUUGACUACAUCUUCUACUCAAAACCUCAGCUGAAUAUUCUUGGCAUCCUGGGACCUUUGGAUCACCAUUGGCUAAUAGAGAACAAUAUAAGUGGCUGUCCACACCCGCUCAUUCCUUCUGACCACUUCUCACUUUUUGCACAACUGGAGCUGGUGCUGCCUUUCCUGCCGCCGGUAAAUGGAAUCCAUCUGCCUAGCAGGAGGUAGUCAAGUACAUUUUAGAGGGCAACCUCAGUCUAAUUUGUAAAAUUGUAAAAUCUGAAUAUAGAGGAGUGAGGUAUGGCCAACAGGGAUCUUUCUUAAUGAUCUUAAUUUUAAAUCUAAUUAUUUCAUAAAGAAAUAGUAAAAGCCAGGUGCUAUCAGACACACAAUUCUGAGCCCAACAUGCUUUAUUUACUGUUAGACAGGGACUGGUGUGUUGGCACCUCUCUUAGAUUUGUUACAAGUAAUCUGUUCUAUCCAAUGUAAUAUUUCAUGCCUUGAAAAUGGGGAAUUACUAUAAUAAAUUCUCUUUGCACAGAUAUCUGUAGCACUACUUUUUUGAGGCCAGUAGUAAAACAUCAAAAGACCAUUCUUCCAUACUUCACUCCCUUCUUUUUCAGACUUGUUUGUUUGUAAAAUAUAGAAUUUGAAUUUAGCCUUUAUUGAUUGUAUAUGAACAACAGAAAACCUGAUUUAUGAGAUUUUGUACUUUAAAAAAAACCAGAUUUGGAAAAUGAUUGUAUUGUAAACUAAGGCUAAAUUUUUAUCUGUUUCAUGUGUUAUAAAGGCCAGCUUGUAAAAGAAGUUGCAGCAGGCUUUCUCUGCUAAUGAUUUGCACUGUUAGGGUUUUUAGCCCUUAUGUACUACUUCAUUUUUUAAAAUUGAGAACACUGCUUUUAAAUCUAAAUUUGGUUAAAUGACAGCAAAUUUCUUCAAGCUAGUUAACAUACAUACAUACAUUCAUUUCUUUCUUUCUUUUAACUUAAAGCAACAGCGCAAACGUUCUUGGAACAGAUAAGCUAAGCAGUGACUGAUUAGGCUUUGUGGAUUGAUAGCCCUUAUCGAUAUCUACAUUCUAACAUUUUUCUGCCAGAAGUGGAAUGGCAGAAUAUUGUGUGAAAGCUUUUUAGUUUCUGUGUUAAGUCACUCAUUUCCUAUCUCCACUGUGCCUGCUUCAUUUUGUUCUCAAUUAGCACUGCCUGUGCAUGCAGAGAGAACCUGUGCAUCCUCUUUUAUUUUUUUUAAAAUAAUGUUAACAUUUUGUGAAAAUUUUAUGAAGAUACUUUUGUAUAAGCUGUGGCAUCUAUUUUUUUUCCUUUGCAAAGCGUUGAAUAUCACUUUUUGAACACGUUCAGAUGGUGGGUACACAAAUCCUAAGCUUCUGAUCCCCAUGCACUGCUUCUUUCAGUGUCCUUGCACAAUGCUGUUUGUUUGGUUUGUUCUCCCCUCUCCACGUAAUACUAUCAUGUGAAGUCCCUUUCAGUUUAAGCAUAUUCCUCCCCAGUCAUUCCUCGGUCGUCAUUCCUUGAAGCUAAAAGUAUACAGUCUUCUGUUCUAUGAAGCAGUGUAACUAGAGAUGCAUUUUCAGUACAGGUUCCCUAGACAACAUUUCAGAUCGAGCAUUAAAGUGACCAAGUCCUAUUCUACAAAGUGUCAACAAAACCAAGGUUGUAGUAUGCCCUCAUAGUGCCAUUAGUGUUUGAAAGCCAAGUAUAUAUACGGUAUAUAUAAAUAGAUAUAUAUAUAUAAAAUCUGUCCAUAAAAGGGAAAUUCUAUCUAAUCCUUAGCAAACAUACCUUCAUUAAUAAGUCUGUUUCUUAUUUAGAGAGAGAACUUGGUCAAACUGCUUUUGUUUCAACUGCAGGCAGAGAAACAAAAGCUCUUUCUUGAAUUGAGAAAUUCUGAAUAUAAUGAAUAAAAAAGGGCAAUAAUGAUUGAAAAUUUUAUAAAGAAGAAACUAUAGGCACUUAGAAGUGCGCCACCAUUUUGUUUUAAAGAAUACAAUAAAAUUGCAACAAGUUCAUGUUUAGCAAACAAGCAUUUGAAAAAAAUUUAGUAGGAAAAGUCCAGAUCUUGAAUCCUUGUCUAGGACCUGAUUUUUCUUUUGUUACAUGUUUUUUUAGUUGUGCAAACACCAAACAUGUCCAGUUUAUAAUCAGUACAUCGGAAUGCUGGUAAUAAUUGAUGUAGUAGAUUCAAUUAGUAAUGUUGCUUUUUCUGUUCUUGUUUUUUGGGUUUGGGGGUUAUUUUGUACAAGUGUGAAUAAAAGGCGUUUUACUCAUGUUUCCUUAACAAUGUGUUGGUAAUGUGCAUCAUGACAAUUUUCAGUGGCAAUGGAGCCAAUUUAGCUUUUCAUACUCAGCAACCUAUUUUGUUUCCUGAUUAUCUGGAUUAUUUAAUUGUAUGUCCAGAAAGCUUUAUGGAAGGGAAGCACUUAUUCAUUUUAUAUUCCUUAGAAGGGAUUAAUUUUUCCUUUUAAGCUGGAGCUUGAGUGCACUUGGUAAAUCCUAAAGGUUUAAGCUUUACACAUGCAUUUUCACAUUUCUUUGUUCAAUCUUAAAUAUAUAUCUAUAUGAAUUUAUGGCAGCACAUUAAAAGGUUACAGCCCGUUCAUGUACUCAAGGACUCUGUUCUUGCCUGGACAUGUUGCAAUCUAUGGGCACUUGAAAUUCCUUUUCCAUGUUUGGCAUAAUAAGAUUAUUGAAGUAUGAGAGCUCAGAAAAAUAAGAAACCUGAUCCCCCUUGACUUCAGUGAGCCUUUGGUCAGAUCCCACAGUACCAAAGUGACGCUCACACUGAAGAAAUACUCUGCAGAAUAAGAAGUUGCACCUAAUGUGUCUGGCAGUCAAUAUCAGAAUAGUCAUACUUUUAAUACAGUUUUCUGCAUCAAACAAAUUCAUACAUUUCAUAAAUGAAUGCAAUAAACUAUAUGUGUUCACAAAAUGCUAAUUUCCAAUAAUCCUAACACUUAAUUUAAGGUGGCUUUGGAUGUUGCCAUAACAAAUGUUCAGUGUUUCUUAAUGUAAUCACAUUAUUAUUAUUAUUAUUUAAGGACGUAGAGCAUUGGAGGGCCUGAGGAUCCCUUGCCCCAUUCCCCAGUUUAAUCAAACUAGAUGUCUGACUAGGGAUGGUCACAUAUUGAAAAACCUAAUACCUACAACCUGCCCAUUUCUGGAUAAAAGUGAUCUUAAGGCGAUAAAAUCAAUUAUGGUGGAAUUUAAGCAGGAAAUAUAAAAUAUAUGGGAUUUUCUAUUUUAAAGACAGUGACAGAAAAAGCUCUAGGAAAUGUGUGUAAUUAUUCUGUCCCUUUUUUAUUUGUGGGCUCAAGCCUCAAUUGUAAAGUUAACCAUUCAGGAUGCAAACUUGCAUCUGAAAACUCUGAUAAAGUUAUUUGAAUUCUGCUGUGACUUAAAUGUCUAAAAGUAGUUUCAGAUGUCAAGUUCCCACUUUAUCUAUGGGGCAAAGAACUCAAAGCCAAAAUAAUUGCACUAACAUUUUCAGCAGAAUUAAUCGCACUGCAAGAUUUUUCAAGUCAAAUUUACUACUGCUUAUGUAGUGACUCUGUUUUUCCCCAUCCAGCCUGACUCAGUGUUUUAGUAUAUGUUAACUCCUGCUAUACUUUUUGGUUGUCUAAGCUUUUUUAAAAUGUAGGUAUCUUGGUAUGCUUAAGUAGUAUCUAAAAAUUAGAAUCCCUAGUCUUUAUUCACAGUACUUCUGUAUAACGUGUAAUGCACUGGACUAACUCUUGUUUACCAUAUGUGUAACAAAACAAAAACAAAAACCAGCACAUCAUCUGCACUAAGCUCAAAGAAUGUUGCAUUUGUCUAUAGGCAGCUCUUCAAUAAGAUAAAUGGGAAAUUGAAAAUGGUCUGAUGGUAAACAAGGGCUUUUACUGUUCUCUUCAGUGGAACUUUCUUCUUGGUCAAAUUUUAACUAGCUAGUAUUAUAUUUAUAUACAGGGUUGUCUUUUUUUCCUUUACCAAUGUAUUUUCCUACUCAUAGCUGACCAAUAAAUUCAAUAUCUGUUUCAAAUUUC